AUGAGCGCAAUUGGAGCACGGGCUGCUCCACUUGGAAUCCGCUGUCCCAAGGGCAGGAACUACAAGAGCCAAGGGCGGAAAGGAGAUUCUGGUUACCCCAGCCCCGAUAAGCUCUACACGAGUUGCGACAACCUGCUUCGGGAACCCGGCGUCGAGGGCAUGCUGAUGGCUCUGCCCAAGUCGACCGCUUGCCUGGUGAGCGGCCCAGAGGAGUGCUGGACGAAAACGCUGCGACGCAAGGCUCUGACCACAGCAGGUCAGCAGCAGUUCCUGUACUGGAACUUGCACGUCCAAUGCGAUUACAUGCUGCUGCUAGGAGGCGUGGGCGUAAGCCACUGUGCUCGCCCCACUCUCCGAGAGAUCGGAAGCCAUCCGUGGAAGCACAAAAGGCCGUUGCCUGAGACCUUCGCUCAUGGAACGCAGCUGAAGGCCUCAUGCUGGAGCGAGCGCUACAGAGGCAUUACGGCUGCGUCCGAUGCUGCGCAUGAGACCGUGACGUGCGUGAACGGAAAUUGGUUCAACUCGCACAACUUCCCGGACUGGGGAGACUUCAAGUGCCAUUCCUGCGUUCAGGUGGGCACACAUGGUUUCAUGGAUGCCGAGAAGAAGCGACAGCAGGAGAUGUACUUCUUCAACAGGAUGGCUCUGCAGUUGCACACCGAGGUGAGCCCUUCGCACUCAGGCUUGGUGAAGUGCUUGGACGUAGAGAAGCCAGAACCUGUGGAGACUCCCACACUUCCAGCGGCCCUUGCCAGCAAGGCCAGGGCAUGGUACAAGAGCGAGGAUGCAGGAUCGAAAUGGAAAAGCAGUGUUGGCAACGCCCAGAUCAAGCUCGGUGGAGAAACCGGCCGGGUAUACGUGAUGACGGCCAAGGGCUUCGGCGCACGAGUCCCCGUGAGAUACCUCAUGGGCAAUGACAAAAGCGACGUGGAGUUUCCCGGCGCGCUGAAGGGCAAGUACACUGUUUGCUCGGUGACUCGCUACACCUCGGGGGAGGCUAUGAACCGCAUCCUCACAGGCGAAAAGACCAAUUUCCUCACCGGGCAGCAUGGCGGGUUCAAUGGUGUUGCGCACGCAGAAGGCUGGCUGACUGAUCACACCCGAGCAUACAGGAGCACCAAGUGGGUGGUCAUGUGCACGUCGCCGGGCGCGAGCUACACGAUGGUGGACGGCUUGAAGGUGGGGACCGGCAAGACUGAUCGAUAUACAGAUCAAAGCCUCAUGAUCAACAAGGGUCUCCAUGGCAAGAACCAGAAGUCGCAUUGGGCGGUGAUGGAAUUGAUCACCUGGGACUACGUCCUGCCUGAGUCUGACAUGAGGGCUGUGUCGCAGUAUUUGCUGAAGAAGAUGAACGUGGGCAACACAGGAGACUGUCGUGUGAAGCUGUACAAUCCCGGCGGCGGACACGGCCUCUUCACUCGACUCCAGAGCGCACACCAAGGUAAUAAGGGGGAUUCGCAGCUACACUCCAGCAGGGGCUGGUGUGCCAAAGAGGGCACCAGGGAUCCCAAGGUGAUAUUCAACUUCAAGGAGCCUACGAAGGUCGUCGGCAUCAUCCUCCAAGGUGGUGUCGGAGUGAAGAACAACGGUGAUGGCACUGUUUAUUCCUUCGGGUUUUCGUACCAGACCACUUGGCGAAGCCUCCGCACGGAGUGGAGGCCGCUGACUGGACUUUCCGAUGGGACGGAAGACGAAGCUGUACGGGUGUACUUCGAGAAGACCCUCACGGUCAAAUCCUUGAGUGUCGGCGGCUUCAAGUUCAAGGGCAAGGCGCCCUGCGCGCGCGUGGCGCUGUUGCUCUGCAACGAGAAGCUGGACAACGAAGUGCAGUUGGUGGAUGGUGUAAAGUGUCCGACGACCUACACCAGCGAGUCUUGGAGCGAAUCCGAUCCAUCCAGCAGGCAUCUUCGCAUUGGCGGGCGGAAUGACUGCCUCAUGCCUCACCAGCUCGCAGAUCCGGAUCACAUGACGGUUCUGUACGGCCAGUGUCAGCCCAAAAACGUCCAUCAGAUGCUGCCGGCGUCGUACAUGGGCUACAUGUUUACGACCAUUCUCCGCAACGCCCAUCUCAACGGCGAAUCAUUGCAACCGGGCAUCAAGGCUGAAUACUUCAUGCACAUGAAGGUUGAUAACUGCAAGUUCCCCGAUGUGGAGUACGUGGCCCCCAACAAGGUCGAGACGAUUCCCAAGUUGGACCUCUGGAAAACAACAGAUAUCGGCGACAACUUUGCCGCCAGGUACACAGGCUUCUUGAUGAUCGACACAGCGGGGAAAUACAAGCUGCGACUUUGGGCCGACGACAGUGCCAAGAUGAUCUUCAAUGGCAAGGAGAUCAUCAAUUUGCCAAACUGCGGUUCUACGCGCUAUGGGGAGUCCGAUGACUGGAUGGACUUGGAGCGAGGAAACUAUCCCUUCGAGGUCCAGUACUUUGAGGCAACAUCUCAGGCCACAGCGAGGUUUGAAUGGCGCGCGCCCGGCAGCACCCAGUGGAGGAUCGUGCCUGAGACAGCCUUUGCCAACAAGCAGGAUGCCAGUGAGUGGACCCAGAGCGCCAUGGCCAAGGGCUGCACUGCAAACACCGCACUGGGGUCUGUGAACCCGGGUAUGUUUCUCAAGGGCGGCGUUUCCAUUGGCGCUGAGAUGGACUGCAGAUUCGUGCCGCUUCUUUCCAAGGAGGAGCCCAUCGAGAUCCAGACAACGAGAAGUUUCGAGGAUGGCGACAAGUGGCCCGAGUGGUGGGAAGACAUCGAGACCUGGGAGAUGCAGUGCCCACCCGGCAGAGUCCUGCAGACGAUUGACUUCUACAAAGCGGACAAUAAGCUCCGCAUCAAGUACGUUUGUGCUGUCGCUGCUGGCUUGGGGCAGUGCUACCCGAGCUGGACAGACCAGCAAGAUGCUCGCGAGUUCAAGGACAGCGCAACCUCGAGGAACGUCCUGUAUCGCCUACCCGUGGUUUGUCCGGGGCACGACCUGCUCAGUGGGCUCCACUUCGAGUACUCCAUGGGUGGUCUGUGGGCACGCUUCAAAUACACCUGCUGCAAGGAAUCAGGUGCUCCGGUGGCCACGGUGUCACGGGGCCCUGAUUACCACUCCGUGGAUCGCUACGAAGGGUCCUAUUGCCCCGAGAAGGUAGGAGCAACGGGCCGCAUCGACUACAAGCAGCAGGCUUUGAAGCCAGACACUGCCCCAGCGAAGCUGACCUUCAGCGAAGACAGCGGCAAGUGGUGCAUUGACGGCGAGUGCUCCGCUGAGGGAGAUGACUUCGAACCCAUCGGACUACGCAUCGGCAAGCUGGAAGCCACUGCUGUGAGCGACUUCGAUGGAAAGUUCGAGGCCAAGGGUGUCAGCCCCGCUUCGUCUGGGUCUCCGCUUGGCGCUUCGGCCCCACAGGCGAGGAAGCCACGCCCACCGGGACGACCCAAGGCACCGAAGAAACCCAAGCUGGAGAAGUUCGAGGCGGAGAUGCCAAAGUAUUCCGACAAGUGCGUCGGCUACGGAGACCUAUGGAAGAAGCUGCAGGAGACCAAGCUCGACAUCACUGGGGAAGAGGUUCCGGAGACGGACGAGGUGGAGACCGAUGAGGAGGCUGCAGCCGGCUUCAAGGAGACUCACCCUUGUGACCUUGCUGGUGCCAGAACUGGAGUUCGGAGCAAGUGGGCGGGAGGCGAUGGCAAGCAGAUCCCAAACAAUAUGGGAUACAACGAGCUGGAGGGUUGCUUCGACCGAUAUGGAAAGACCUCUCACAAGAUUGCCAAGCAACUGGACCUCGCGGACCUGGUCAUUCAGAAGAUGGACGUCAGCUUUGCCCUGGCAUCCACGGUCUGCGGCGCACUUCCGGACACAAUGGCGGCACCAUUCGGCAUGGGCUUCAGCUUCAAGCCCGGGUUGAUCUGCGACAAAGGGACGGAAGUCGGCCAGGCCGCCCUCGCCUUCGGCAAGGAAGUCGGUGUGCACGACCAUAUCCGGAAGAUGAGGGACGCCUCUAGGGGCAAAGACUGCUCGCCGAGCCAAGCGAACUUCGCGCGGAUCUUCUGUGACGUGCACUGCGUGCGGGAUGCUGUUGUUCGAGGGGACCGGACCAUCCUGCGAAACCUGGAAAGAGCCACAGGCAUCACCAACAGAAACAUGGAGAAGCUGGCAGAGUGGGUGGCGAGCACGCAGAAGGCGGAUGCAGGCUGGCUUGGAGAAAAGGUGGACCACCAAACUGAGGUCAUGAACUUGGAGAAUCAGAAGCAAUUCAACGAGCUAAAGGAGAUGGUAGGCGGAAACAAGAAGCUGCUCUUCUUGAACAUCCAGCAGCAGACCCGCAAGAUCCAAUCAGAGCUGCAAGGCUUUGCCACAGGCGCCUCCUUCAGCCGUGCCGCCUCCAUGGCUGCCAACGACGCGCUCGAGAAGUUUGCAGAAAACGGUGCCUCCUCACUGGAAGAUGCCAACAGUAGCAAACACGUCUUUGCCGCCUUCGACAGCUUGGUGGCUUUGAAAGCCAAGCUGCAGAGUGCGUCAGAUCAGCGAGAGAAGGUGGACUACGUGGCAAUGUCGGCAGUCCGCAUGGCUCGUCAGAUGCAAGAGCAGCUCAAGCUGCAACGGCAGACGCUGGGAAUCUACCGCCGGAGGAGCAAUGCCACGCGUGAGAUGGCUCGACAGAGGGGAGCUGCCGUUGCCUCAACGGCAGCCGAGCGCCACGCAAUGCUUCUGGACUUGGACCGUGUUUGGUGGAAGAUUCGCAAUGUGCUGGACGACUACAUGGAAGACGCAGGGGUCGAGAUCGACAGCUACGAGGCCGGGUCACACGCGCUGUCGCAGUACGAGCAGUGUGCCAUGGACUUCACCAGCCUGCUGUCUAUUUACAAGCAGACCAUGGCGACGACGGAUCGGGCUCACAGGUCCUUGAAGAAGGCUUGGCGACACGUCUCCAACCUGCUCGGCGAGCUUGCUUCCCACCUGGAGGAUGGCGAGGCUUUUGUAACCUUCCUGCAACAAGAAGGCUGCCAGUCUCCAUUAGCCUUCCAGACGCUAUUACAAGCUCGCGACGCCACAAGUGGUAUGAGGAUGCUGUACCACCGGUUUGCAGUAUCCGGACUACCCGCUCCAAGUGUCGAGCUCAUGGGGAGCACGGCUCCUUUUAUGCACUAA